AUGGAGCUUGGCAAAGCUAAACUCCUGAGGACUGGUCUUAAUGCUUUGUAUCAGGCCAUCCACCCUGUGCAUGGGAUUGCAUGGACAGAUGGCAAGCAAGUGGCUCUGACUGCAUUGCGCUUUCACAACAAGGAACUGAGGUUUGGUGACUCUAACAUCAUUGGACAGUUUGAACAUGUCCAUGGACUUUAUUGGAGCCCGUGUUGUUCUGCUGAAACACCAGCUCUGCUUGCUGUUCAGCAUAAAAAGCAUGUUAGUGUUUGGCAGCUGAGUCACAGUAUCUCAGAAAAGAAUAAGCUGCUUGUUUCUCAGACCUGUGAAAUUGGUGAGCCAUUCCCAUUGCUUCCCCAGGGCUGUGUGUGGCACCCCAAGAGGGACAUUUUGUCUGUACUUACCAAACGGGAUGCAUCAGUUUUAUAUGCCGUUCGUUCAGACAACUCCAGGGUUAAAGCAGAUAUCAAAUGCAGUGGUCUCAUCCACUGUGCUUGUUGGACUAAGGAUGGUAAUCGCCUAGUUGUCGCUAUAAGCAGUGCUCUUCAUUCCUAUAUAUGGGAUGAGGCUCAGAAAACAUUAAAUGCUUGUUCCUUUUGCCCAAUAUUUGAUGUCGGAGGCUAUAUCUGUGCAAUUGAAGCCACUUUGGAUUUCCAGAUUGCUGUGGCUACUGAACUUCCUCUGGAUAAGAUAUGUGGCUUAAAUGCAGGUAUCACAUUUGAAUUGCCAGUUGGUAAUGAAACAGGUUCUCUAACUUCACAGUCUACACUGGUGCUUGGGGAUGAGGAAUACUCUAUGGAUCUGAGAAGAAAGUCUAUAGAUUCUGAGAAAUCAGUAGCAGUUGAUUCAGUCACUUCAUCUUCAUCCGGCCCGGUUGAUUUAACUCACAUCCUUACAAACCACCGGAGAUCUGAUCCCAGUCCUCUCAUUCCUUUGAGAAGGAAGGAUUACUCUUCAGGAACUGGCCAAGAUUCUUCACACUUGAUUCUAGUGACUUUUGAAGGAAAGGUAACCACAGCCAGAAAAGUCAGUAUUCCAGGCAUUUUGGUCCCUGAUAUAAUUGCCUUUGACCUUAGAGCUCAGAUUGUGGCAAUAGCUUCUAACACUUGUAACAUUGUUUUGAUUUACUCAGUAACAUCAUCCUGUAUGCCCAACAUUCAACAAAUCCAGCUAGAAAAAAAUGAACGACCUAAAGGUCUAUCCUUUUUGACAGAUAAACUCUUACUAGUUUUGAUUGGCAAGCAGAAGUUCACUGAUCCUGCACUUAUUAUAUCAUCUAAUUCAGAUAAAUAUAUUAUCCGGCUGAUGAUCAAAGAAUUAAUUUUUGAAGAAGAUUCCUCAGCAAAAUCUGAACUCACUCAGAAUUUACCAUUUAGUUUUGAGCCUUCUGUGAACCUUCCUGGGAAAAGAAAAUAUUUUGAGAAUCUUGCAUCAGAAGAUCACGUUGUAGGGAGGGAGCUUUUAAAAACAGGUAACACAGUUAUUCAAUCUCCUAGCGGAAGGAGACGCAUAUUGGAAGAAAUGAAGAGUUCUAGUUAUGAGCAAAGUUCAUCAUCCAGUGUGAGUAAUUUUGAUGAAAAGAGAGACUUGGGAGACCCAUCUAUUGCUCUAGAAACUUUGGAUGCUGAACCAAUCAACCGGUCAGUGGCUCUAUUUGGUCUUGGAACACCUACUAGAUUUUCUAGUAGAUCAAUUUCUAAUAAAGUGAUGCAAGAAACUUUAAGUUCUCCUAAAAAUAAUAGCUUGGCUAGUGAAAAAGGAAUGAGUCAAAUAUCCAGAAAUGUGGAGCAACUGUGUGGCAACUUGAAUGACUUACAACUGCAACUUCUUGAACUAACAGAAUUCACUAAAAAUGGGAAGAGGUUAUCUCUAGCUUACCCAUCUUCUCAAGAACCACCAUUUGUUAACAUCACCUACCAGAAGUAUUUUUCAAGCGGAGCUGUAACUGAAGAAACAAAAACUGUUCUCCUGUGUGAUGGCAAAGUUCAUCUUAAUUUAGUCCGGCAACUUUUUGAUCUGCCUAUUGUUGAAAUGAAGCAUGGUUCUUCUUGGAUUGUUCUUACUGCAGAUGGUGAAGGUUUCAUUCCAUUAACGUUUAAAGCUAAGCAGGAGAUAAUCAUAAGAGAGGGAAGUGAAAGUUUGGAAGCCUGUGGAAGCCACUCCUUCAAAAGAAACAUUUCUUCUUAG